CUGCACAGCAAACUGCUUUCUCCUAUUCACACACUUCCGCGCUGCCACGUCGACAAGCCAACUCAGUACUCUUCCUUUCUAUUCUCUCCUUCGCUGCAUAGGGUUCGCGGGUCGCUUCUACACACAAUGGCGCAGUCGGGGUAUUCGAAUCCGCUGAAGAAAUUCAAGCUUGUGUUUCUGGGGGAGCAGAGCGUGGGCAAGACGUCGUUGAUCACACGGUUCAUGUACGAUUCAUUCGACAACACAUAUCAGGCGACCAUCGGCAUAGACUUCUUGUCAAAGACAAUGUACCUCGAAGACCGCACCGUCCGCCUGCAGCUCUGGGAUACCGCCGGCCAAGAACGCUUCCGCUCGCUCAUCCCCUCCUACAUCCGCGACUCGUCCGUUGCCGUUGUUGUCUAUGACAUUACCAACAAAAAGACCUUCGAGAACACUCGCAAAUGGGUCGAUGACGUGCGGGGCGAGCGUGGCAACGACGUGAUCAUCGUGCUGGUAGGCAACAAGACAGAUUUGAACGACAAGCGGGAAGUCACGACGCAGCAGGGCGAGGAGGAGGCCAAGAAGAAUAAUUUGAUGUUCAUCGAGACGAGCGCAAAGGUCGGGCACAACGUUAAGACAUUGUUUAAGAGGAUCGCGCAGGCACUGCCGGGGAUGGAAGGGGAGGGGCAGCAGGGGCAGAGUCAGAUGAUCGACGUCAACAUCAACCCGAGCCAACCACAGGAAUCGAGCUCCUGCCAAUGUUAGGCAUUCCUCCGAGCAGUUAUCUUUUGCCUUCGCUUAGACUUUGUUGUAUCUAUUCGGGUUCUUUUGCGUGUUGAGCAGACGACAUUGUGAGCAAGGCGUUUGGGCAUGGACUGUAUCUCGAGCAUGCAAAGCACGACUUUGGGAGACCUGGCAGUUGUAAUUUGUAGUAUACCAAGCAUUCGAGCGCUUCAUGACUGUACACUGCCUCCACGCUGUGCUUGUGAGGGAUGAGCGGCCCCCGACUCACGCUUCGGUCCGGAUAUGGUAUCGUCAUUCAGAUCGCCAUCUAUACCACCCGUCGAUACCGCGUAUCAUGCCAUCCCAAAACGCCGGCCAGCAACUCGACCAGACCAAUAGCACGCGAUAC